AUGCCCAAUGCUCUGACAUUGUUUAAGUCGAAUUGCAUGCUCUCAGACAGUUGGUUGCAAACUUUCGAUGCCCGCGCUGUCGCUGUGCAGGGAAAUCUAGUCAUUACGACGCCCAGCAUGCACUUUGUUCCAGAGUUUCAUCACUUUGAAGAAGAAGACCUACAAGCCCGGGCAGAUGGUCGCUUCGGCGUUAUCGAUUGCUUCCAGUGGCCUCAGUCCUAUGAUGACUCUUUUUGUCAUGCUGUUUGCAUUCCUCGAAAGGAGGCAUUUCCAUUCCUGCAUCCGCUACAUUGGGCCUGGUUCACCCCUAGCCAGGAUGAUCUUAAGUCCAUUCCAGGGAAUUCAUUUCCUGUAGGCACGCUGGCUCCUGAUAAGGUCGAUGGCUUGCAGUCCCUUCUCAAACUGGCUGAGCAACGAGUCCGCAAUUACAGAAAGGAUCAGCCAGGCAGAGGUCAAAUCAUAUACAGUCGCCUCUUGUACCUCCGUCAUGCCAUUGCACGGUUGAAGUCCCACCCCCUUACUUUUCAAGAUCUUCUCAUUUUUGUCACCAACGCUCAGCACCUCUUUCUCGACAUAUACUCUUACAUUGACUGGGUACUCAUCGCCCAACCUCGUACCACUUUUGGCGUUCACUAUGAGGUCAACUUAGGAUGGAUGGGGGGGUUCGCACAGAGCAGCGACAUCUGCGAGAAGUUAUUAUGCGCUGGCAUCCCAGCUUGGUAUGUCCGUGCAAGCGCAUAUAUACCCCUGAAAAUGAUGGUCGUUGAACCGGUCUUACUCACACGCCUGGAUCACAUCAUUAUUGCCAUGUAUGCAGAGGGCAGAAAAAUCCACCCAUUUGAAGUCAUCUACUGCGGUCAAGGUGGUUGCAAUCAUCAUAUGCACAUUUGCCGCCUAUAUGCAAGCACGACAUACCAAGAUCCCGAGUCUGACAAAUCCUCUCAACCGUCGUCCAGCUCGAGUCGUCCUGCUUCUGGUCCCAAAUUAUCUGCUCUUGGCAAGGCGCCUAAACAGAAGGGCAAACAAUGCCACCGGCCUUACUUCAUCGAAGCUCACCCUACACAGUCAGGUAAAUCUAGGGAUAAGUGGAAAGAUCCUGAGACUCCUUUCCUUCCACUGCCGAACCUGCAUUGGGAAGGCACCAUGAAAACUGUCAUUAAGGACGAGUCUCAUGUUCACACACCCUACGUUAUUGAUCGGGGGUAUAGAUUCCCUGAACCCGCUCUCCUCCUUGGUCCCAAGUUGCCUGAACAAUUGCAACUAUACCUUGCCAACUGGCUCGCUGCUCGUCCACUGUGGAUUGGCCGAGUUGAUCAUGAUCCUCCAUGCACUUAUCCCACUCCUCAGCUCUGGCGUGAUUUCCUCGGUAGCGUCCCUUCUGUCCAACCACAAUCUUUCAAAGGGAAAGAGCCAGACGAAAAGAGUCUUACAGCCACCAAGAAGGGGAAGCGAGCAAUGCGGGACUUAUUCGGCGAUGACCUGUUGGAAACUCAGGGUGAUAUAUUUUCGCCAGAAGGAGUUGUUGAAUUUCGGGGUGAACAAGUCUCCAUCGCUAGUCUCGCCAUCGCUUCUGGUCCAGAAGAUCACCUGGGAGUUAUUUGA